AGUCCGGCGCAGUCCGCGCAGGCGCACUGCGGUCGGGCGGGCCUAGCGGGCGCGGUCAUUGUCCUGGCAGAGCGGCGAGCCGGUGAGUGUGGCUGCGGGGUCCCGCCCACCCUCUACCUGUGCCGGGGGCCGGGGGCCGGAACCUGGCCCCGGGGAGGGCGCGGCCUCGGGGAGACGGCGUGCAGGCCCAGCACUGUUGGCCACCGCAGGCCUGUCUUCCUAUUCACCGUGGGCAGCAGAGGGAUGGCUGCUCAGCUGCUGACUGAUGAGGCACUGGAAUCAGUGACGUUCAGGGAUGUGACUGUGGACUUCACCCAGGAGGAGUGGCAGCAGCUGGAGCCUGCCCAGAAGGACCUGUACAGGGAUGUCAUGCUGGAGAACUACAGGAACCUGGUCUCACUGGACUGGGAGACUAGACCUGAAAUGAAAGAGUUGGAUCCAAAGAAUGACAUUUCGGAAGACAAGCUCUCCGUUGUUGGGGUGGCCACGGGGGGACCCACGAGGAAUGGUGCCAGGGGUCCUGGCUCAGAAGGAGUGUGGGAACCAGGCAGCUGGCCAGAGAGGCCGCGGGGAGAUGCAGGUGCAGAGUGGGAGCCAUUGGGAAUUCCCCAGGGGAACAAACUCUUAGGGGGCUCAGUACCCGCAUGUCAUGAACUGAAGGCAUUUGCCAACCAAAGCUGUGUCCUGGUCCCACCACGGCUGGACGACCCCACAGAAAAGGGGGCCUGUCCACCCAUAAGGCGUGGCAAGAACUUCUCCAGCACUUCAGACCUCAGUAAGCCCCCCAUGCCCUGCGAGGAGAAGAAAACCUACGACUGCAGCGAGUGUGGCAAGGCCUUUAGCCGAAGCUCGUCCCUGAUAAAGCACCAAAGGAUCCACACGGGAGAAAAGCCGUUUGAGUGUGACACCUGUGGGAAGCACUUCAUCGAGCGCUCGUCCCUCACCAUCCACCAGCGGGUGCACACGGGCGAGAAGCCCUAUGCCUGCGGGGACUGCGGCAAGGCCUUCAGCCAGCGCAUGAACCUCACUGUGCACCAGCGCACGCACACGGGCGAGAAGCCGUAUGUGUGCGACGUGUGUGGCAAGGCCUUCCGGAAGACCUCCUCUCUCACCCAGCACGAGCGCAUCCACACGGGGGAGAAGCCCUACGCGUGCGGGGACUGCGGCAAGGCCUUCAGCCAGAACAUGCACCUCAUCGUGCACCAGCGCACGCACACCGGGGAGAAGCCGUACGUGUGCCCCGAGUGCGGGCGAGCCUUCAGCCAGAACAUGCACCUGACCGAGCACCAGCGCACGCACACCGGGGAGAAGCCGUACGCCUGCAAGGAGUGCGGCAAGGCCUUCAACAAGAGCUCCUCGCUCACCCUGCACCAGAGGAACCACACCGGCGAGAAGCCCUACGUGUGCGGCGAGUGCGGCAAGGCCUUCAGCCAGAGCUCCUACCUCAUCCAGCACCAGCGCUUCCACAUCGGCGUGAAGCCGUUCGAGUGCAGCGAGUGCGGCAAGGCCUUCAGCAAGAACUCCUCGCUCACGCAGCACCAGCGCAUCCACACCGGCGAGAAGCCCUACGAGUGCUACAUCUGCAAGAAGCACUUCACGGGGCGCUCGUCCCUCAUCGUGCACCAGAUCGUGCACACCGGGGAGAAGCCCUACGUGUGCGGCGAGUGCGGCAAGGCCUUCAGCCAGAGCGCCUACCUCAUCGAGCACCAGCGGAUCCACACCGGCGAGAAGCCGUACAGGUGCGGCCAGUGCGGGAAGUCCUUCAUCAAGAACUCCUCCCUCACUGUGCACCAGCGGAUCCACACGGGCGAGAAGCCCUACCGAUGCGGCGAGUGCGGGAAGACCUUCAGCCGCAACACGAACCUGACGCGCCACCUGCGGAUUCACACCUGAGCGCCUCUGUGCAGGGCUCUCACUGGCGGUGCCCAAGACGGACGCCAGAUGGCUGCGCGCUUUGUCGGCAGUGCUGUGAGAAGUUCUCCCCUGGGGUGGGGACUCGGGGUCAGGGGAGCUCAGGAAUGUGGGGUUGUGGAGGGGCUGGCUGAUCACACAUGCCCCCUCCUUACUGAGCCUCAGAAAGCAAGCCCCUCGAUGUCUGACGUAUCUGGGGACACUUCAAGGUUCACUGUAGCUGAGCCAUGGCCGCUGGUAACAGACAUCAGGGUUCCAGACUAGCCCUCUUGAGUAACUGUCCUACGAGCUGGGACAGGUCACGCCUGCCUCCACAUCUCUGUUUCUUCAGCGGGAAAGUGGAGCUGGUGGAGGGGAGGGAGGAGACAUCUCCCUCUUUGUCAGAUACAUCCUGGAGUCCAGAUGCAGCUUGUCACCAUCUGCGUUUUCUCGGUGGGUUGGGAGCGUGAGGGCCUUCCUAUCCCUCCACCCACCGUUUCCCUGCAGUGCGCGCUGGCAGCCACCAAGCUAGGAAGUGGCAGGAGUUUGCCGGUUGUUUGUGAGGGGAAAAAUUUUUUUUUCAGAGUUAGCAAAUAACAGUAACUACUGCUUUGAAUGCCAAAGUUUCUUAGAGUGGUCUGUUACGUUUUUUAAAAAUAAAACUUUUAAUUAAGGGA